UUCAUGUUUCUCGAUAAUGUUAUCAAUACGAGUCUCUACUCAACUUCAAAUAGAGAUUUAUAUUUUUUUGGUGACUUUUGUAUUAUAGAAGAUGUUAGCAAUAGGAUCUUCCACACCACAGAUGGGAGGUUCUUAAGCCAAAAACAGACCCAAGAAUAUAUGCUUUCUUUUAAAAAUUCUAACUUGGUUACCACACAGAGCAUCAGCAUAUAUCUGGUUUUAAGAUAGAUUACUCUUGACUUUGAGAAUUUUCUUUGCAAAAAAUAUCAUCAUUUGUAAGCUUAUCAAGGCAAUUGAUUUCUACAUGAAUUGUGCAAUACUUCCCAAAAGAGCAAAACCAAAGAACAACAGCAGUAGCAGCAACAAUAUUAGUCAUCUUCCGCGUAAAUUGGAAGAAAUCUUACAAUAUGCAGAGCCUGAUGUGGAAGUACUUUUGGAUGGACAAAUCAGGUAUUGGAUUGAUACAAGGACAAAGGCAAAAUGCUUCUUCUUGUAUGCCAAAAAUCUACAUGUCCUAUGGUCAGAAGAAAGCAGCAAGUGGAGUCUGCCCCAAUAUAAAGAGCAUCCAAGUGAUCAACCUGUUCAAGUUUACGAAAUGGAAACAGUUCUAUCACUAGCUGUUGGUGGAAGUUUUGAUGCAGAAAAGCUUUCAAGGGGAGUAGAGUACAAGGUUUCACUUGUGGUGUUAUUGAAGAAAUUUCUUUCAGGAUGGGAAUCUCCACUGCAAACAAUACUUGUUAAGCCUGAUGGUACCAAAGAACAUCAAAGUAUUGAAGAUCUUAUGGAAAAACCAAAAAGAGAAUGGAUAAAAAUUCAACUAGGGACUUUCAUCAUUCCACAAGAAAUGGAAAGUAUCACAAAUAUGGAAUUCUAUGUGCAUGAAAGGAAAGGUAAAAAACUUAAGAUGGGACUGGUUAUUAAAGGUAUUGAAGUUUCUGUCUAAAUUCUUCUACUAAAUAUUAUGAGUAACAAAAUAAAACUUACAAUAAUAGAGAUGU